GGCUCUACGCUGUAUGAUGCAACGCUCCAGUCCGGGGAGCCUCCGGAGCACGUUGGGGCGAUUAGGCGGCGGUAGCGUUGAGGCCGAUGUCCUUGGAGGUGACCAGGGCGACCGCAGGGAUGGUGCUAGCAGAGCUGUAUGUCUCCGACCGAGAGGGCAACGAUGCCACGGGAGAUGGAACCAAGGAGAAACCGUUUAAAACAGGUCUAAAGGCUUUGCUGACGGUAGGGAAAGAACCGUUUCCUACUAUUUAUGUGGAUUCGCAGAAAGAAAAUGAGAGGUGGGAUGUUAUCUCUAAAUCACAGAUGAAGAACAUUAAGAAAAUGUGGCAUAGAGAACAAAUGAAGAGUGAAUCCCGGGAAAAGAAAGAGGCAGAAGAUAAUUUGAGAAGAGAAAAGAACCUAGAAGAAGCAAAGAAGAUUGUCAUUAAGAACGAUCCAAGUCUUCCAGAGCCGACAUGUGUGAAGAUUGAUGCAUUAGAAGGCUAUAGAGGUCAAAGAGUGAAGGUGUUUGGUUGGGUCCAUCGGCUGCGGAGGCAAGGAAAGAAUCUGAUGUUUCUGGUAUUACGGGAUGGUACAGGUUAUCUUCAGUGUGUCUUGUCGGAUGAGUUGUGUCAGUGUUACAACGGAGUGGUCUUGUCCACCGAGAGCAGUGUUGCAGUGUAUGGGAUGCUAAAUCUGACACCCAAAGGCAAGCAGGCUCCAGGGGGCCAUGAACUGAGCUGUGACUUCUGGGAACUGAUCGGGUUGGCCCCUGCGGGAGGAGCUGACAACUUGAUCAAUGAAGAGUCUGACGUUGACGUGCAGCUGAACAACAGACACAUGAUGAUCCGGGGAGAAAACAUGUCCAAAAUCCUGAAAGCGCGGUCAGUGGUCACCAGGUGCUUCAGGGACCACUUCUUCGAUAGGGGGUAUUAUGAGGUGACCCCUCCAACAUUAGUGCAGACGCAGGUUGAAGGGGGGGCGACGCUCUUCAAGCUCGACUAUUUUGGGGAAGAAGCGUUUUUGACCCAGUCCUCUCAGUUGUACCUGGAGACCUGCAUUCCGGCCCUGGGAGAUGUUUUCUGUAUCGCGCAGUCAUACAGGGCAGAACAAUCCAGGACACGAAGGCACCUGGCUGAAUACACUCACGUGGAAGCCGAGUGCCCCUUCCUGACCUUUGAGGACCUCCUGAACCGGUUGGAGGACUUGGUUUGUGAUGUGGUAGACAGAGUCUUGAAGUCUCCCGCCGCAAGCAUAGUGUAUGAACUCAACCCGAGCUUUAAGCCCCCGAAACGCCCUUUCAAGCGGAUGAACUAUUCAGACGCUAUCGUGUGGCUGAAAGAACACAAUAUAAAGAAGGAAGAUGGAACUUUCUACGAGUUUGGAGAAGAUAUCCCAGAAGCUCCUGAGAGGCUGAUGACAGACACCAUUAAUGAACCCAUCCUGCUGUGUCGAUUUCCCGUGGAGAUCAAGUCCUUCUAUAUGCAGCGAUGCCCUGAGGACUCCCGCCUCACUGAAUCUGUGGACGUGUUGAUGCCCAACGUUGGUGAGAUUGUGGGAGGCUCGAUGCGUAUCUGGGAUAGUGAAGAAAUGCUGGCGGGUUAUAAGAGAGAAGGGAUUGACCCCGCUCCCUAUUACUGGUACACAGAUCAGAGAAAAUACGGGACAUGUCCUCAUGGAGGCUAUGGCUUGGGCUUGGAGCGGUUCUUAACCUGGAUCCUGAACCGGUACCACAUCCGAGACGUGUGCCUGUACCCUCGGUUUGUGCAGCGCUGCAGGCCCUGACCGAGUCCUUCCGCAGCAUAAACGAAGGAGCUCCGUGCGUGCGAGGAGCAGACUGCCUCUUUCCAAAAGGAAAAACAAAGCCAAAUCGUCCCUCUUCUGUCCCAUUGGCGUGUAACUAUUUGUUUUUCUCUUCCUGUUUUUGGUUCCUCUUCCCAUAAAAAGUCGUUCAUGUUGCUUGGACAUCAAGCAGCGUUGCUGUCAUUUCAAGAAAAAGCAUAUUCAUUGCAAAGUUUGGGAGAAGUGUGUGGCAUGGAGUCCUGUAGUUAUGGAUCCAUUUCAGCAUUUUAUCCAAUUACAGGUUGUAGUCAUUGUGUUCUAUCUACCGGAUAUAUAAUUAAACAGUUCUUAAUUAUGGUUUAAGACAUUCCAGUAACGUAACCUUUCUGUCCUUUUAAUGGUAACUGGAAUUUGGUUUCUAUCAUUUUCUGGUGUCAGUGAGUUACAAGAAACAUCUUGGGGGGGGGGGGGGGAUUUGGCAAUAGGGCAUAAAAAUCUAGUACCAGAACAGGGUAUAACCAAGCACUAGAAGUUGGAAUCAAAUGGAGAUAAUCUUGACAUCGGUCAUUACUCUUCUAAGUCCAUAUAGCUGCUUAGAAUUCCAAGGCCUGUGAAUUGACACGGAAGAAAUAGUAAAAGAUGGACUUGCUGGAAGAAUAUGAAGUAAGAGCGUAACUGGUUGCGGGGGUGGGGGGGGCUUUAAGUGAGUCACAGCCUCCCGCAUAACUACAGAGGCAACUGCUCUCCUCUCCUUCCUGGUCAUCCCCGAGUAGUUAAGGUUCAGUGAGUUCCGGAGGAGUUCGCAGCUGAGCCUGGCUCACGGCUCUGCGUGGCCGCGUCUUCCCCACUGUGCCCUCGCGUGCGCUCUGUGCUACCUUAUUAACUCACAGCAGGCUUGUUGAGUGACUUCACUUCAGAUUUGGUUAAUUUCUGCCCCCAGACGCAUGCUGUGUAUUCUCAAUAGGCUGUAUUCCCAGCAAUCAAUAAAUGGACACAUGCCAAAACUC